AUGGCCGGCCCACGCCCCCGCAGCCUCCCGCUCCUCGCCGUGCUCCUCGCGGCCGCGCUGCUCCUGCUCCCCCCGUGCUCGCCCACGGCGACCACAAGGGCGCCCACUACGGCCGCAAGCGCACCCGCAACGGCCGCCCCGCCCCCCCCCGCCAAGGGCCGCCCCACCCCCAACCACCCCGCCGCAGCCCCGCCCCCGCCUCCGCCUCCGCCACCCCCAGCGCCCACCUCUACGAGCUCCACCGCCCCCGUCCGCGCCGCGCGGCCCCGCUCCCCCUGGGCGAUCAACGCCCGCGGCGGCCGUCGCGCCGCUCGUCUCCGCAGCGGACCAGGCGCUGUACCUCAAGUUCCACAACGACAUCCGCGCCAACCACAAGGGCGACCCCCCUCUCGUGGAACGACACGCUCUCCGCCGCGGCCCAGAAGGUCGCGGACACGUGGCGUGUUCGAGCACUCGGGCGGGAAGGUCGGCCCGUUCGGGCGAGAACCUCGCGGCGGGCACGGGCGCAAGUACGGGAUUGAGAAGGCGAUCGUGUCGUGGACGAACGAAGUCGGGGACUACGACCCGAAGAACCCCGUGCCGUCGCACUUCACCCAGGUCGUGUGGCGCGGGACGACGCAGGUCGGCUGUGCGCUCACCGUGUGCGCGCCCGGCACGAUCUUCGACCCCAAGUUCACGAACACCGCCGAGUACUACGUCUGCGAGUACGCCCCGCCCGGGCAACAUCAUCGGCCAGUUCGAAUGGUCUCCGUCUAG